AUGGGUGCCUUGGGGAGAACUUCGGCUUUAGCCUUACUGACCUCCGUUACUCUCUUGGUGCCUGUUAACACUACAGUGUCAGUACGGAUGGGUACACAGGCUCUACUCUGCUGCGCUCCUAUCCCAACCAGAGAAGCAGUAUUAGUAACAUGGAAAUUAAACACCAGAGGACAGCCUUCCUGCAGCAUAGCCUACAGUGUAGGCACAAAGGAGAUCAAUAAAACCAACUGCACUGACGGGAGAAUAACCUGGGCCUUCACCCCUGACCAGAGUCCUCACCUUCUGAUCAGUACUGUGGCCAUCACUCAUGAUGGGCGUUACACGUGUGAAAUGGCAUCAUCUGAUGGGAAUUUCCAUAGAGACCAUGAUCUCCAAGUGUUAGGAAAGAAUAGAAUUGUAGUAUGUAAGGCCAUUGCAGGCAAGCCAGCUGCACAGAUUUGGACUUCAGAGAAGCAUUGUGUCGCUGAAAAUGAAACACACAGCAAUGACACAGUGACAGUCAGGAGCACAUGCCACUGGGGGUAGAAGAAUGUGUCUGCUGUGAGCUGCUUGGUCUCCCAUUUGACUGGCAACAGGACUCUAUCCACAGAUGUCUUGGAGAUUGCCCAAGAGGUUCUUCCAUUUCAGUCUUUGACAGGUAUCAGAAUUCCCAUCUUUCCAGCAUUAUCUUUCCUGAUCUUUCUCUAUGUGAAACUCUCUCUCUUUGUGGUUAUUCUGGUCAUUAUGGCAUUUGCCUUCUCCCAGAAAACUAUUUCAGCAGUCUUCAGCAUUAAGCGUGUUAACAGCAGAGCCUGGGCAGAAGUGCCCACAGCACUGGGCAAAAACUUCCAGCUACUGCAGUUUUGA